GAGAUUGUUGUUGCAAGAUGGCAAAUGACUUGCCGGCAUGGUUCGAACGCCUGUCCAAGUCGCAGCCGUUGGAUGUGACGAGCUUGUUGCGGCUCAUUGCGCUGUCGAAGGAACACUUGGCCAACCAGCCCACGCUGCUGGACCUUCCCGCCCCCAUCACCAUUUGCGGGGACAUCCACGGGCAGUUCAGCGACCUACUGACGCUCAUGACACUUGACAUUGGCCAGCGCAUUCUGUUCUUGGGGGACUUUGUCGAUCGCGGGUCACAUAGCGUGGAGACUAUCAGUUUCCUCUUGGUGCGCAUGAUUCGGUUCCCCGAAUCCACCUUCCUCAUCCGUGGCAACCACGAGAGUCGCCAGACAACGACAGUGUAUGGUUUUCAGACUGAGUGUGACAAGAAGUACAAUGGCGAUACCCGAGUGUACAAAGCCUUUAUGGACGUGUUCGACUACUUGCCAUUAGGCGCCCUGGUCAACAACCAGCUCUUGGCCAUCCACGGCGGCCUCAGUCCGGCGAUCCAUUACCUCGACCAGAUCCGCAUGAUCAACCGCGUCAUGGAGAUUCCGUCGGACGGGGCGUUUGCCGACCUCGUCUGGUCGGACCCUGAACCCAAAACCAACGGGUUCCACCUGUCGCCGCGGGGGGCGGGGUACAUGUUUGGCGGCGACAUUGUCGAGAAGUUUCUGCAUUUGAACGACCUGCAGCACAUUUCCCGCGCCCAUCAGCUGUGCAUGGAAGGGUACCAAGUGCUCUUUCGGGACACGCUGUCGACGAUAUGGAGCGCGCCUAACUACUGCUAUCGAUUUGGCAACUUGGCGUCGGUUAUGAGUGUGGGCGACCACCUCGAGGUAAGGCCAACUCCCAACUGUACCAACUAACACUACAGUGUUGGUCUCUAGCGGGAAUACAAGAUCUUCCAGCAAGCGGGCGCCACCACGCAGAGCAAACUGGACGCGCCUGCGGCCACGGACGUGGUCGAUGCCGGGUAUUUCACUUAAAUUGGGAUAUCAUAUUUGAGUUAGGAAGUCUUCUUCUUUUUGGGUUUCUUGAACGCGUUCAGCUUGGACUUGACCACUUUGGCCAUCUCCGCCGCGUCGUGGUACACGAGUGAGUCGCGGUGGUUGUAUCUACACGCAAAUAAUCAAUUCUAGAUAUAUACAAAUUUGGACAUAUAAAGAAGAGAGAAUAUUGAAACGAUUAAUAAAUAUAAUAAAAUAACACACACACACUGAGAGAAUAUUUAAAAUGAAACGAUGAAUAAAUAAUAUUAAU